CCGCCCGCCCGGACCCGCGCCGGCGCCUGCUCGGCCCGGCGGCCCGGCGCCAUGACGUCCAUCCACUUUGUCGUGCACCCGCUGCCGGGCACCGAGGACCAGCUCAAUGACAGGUUACGAGAAGUUUCAGAGAAACUGAACAAAUAUAAUUUAAACAGUCACCCCCCUUUGAGUGUAUUGGAGCAGGCCACUAUUAAACAGUGUGUGGUGGGACCAAAUCACGCCGCCUUUCUUCUUGAGGACGGUAGAGUUUGCAGGAUUGGUUUUUCAGUACAGCCAGACAGAUUGGAAUUGGGUAAACCUGAUAAUAACGACGGGUCAAAGUUGAACAGCAACUCCGGGGCGGGGAGGACCUCGAGGCCUGGCAGGACAAGUGACUCCCCGUGGUUUCUCUCAGGGUCUGAGACUCUGGGCCGGCUGGCAGGCAAUACCCUGGGAAGCCGCUGGAGUUCCGGAGUGGGUGGAAGUGGAGGAGGGUCCUCUGGCAGGUCGUCAGCUGGCGCCCGGGACUCAAGACGACAGACUCGCGUCAUCCGGACAGGACGUGACCGGGGCUCAGGGCUUCUGGGCAGCCAGCCGCAGCCGGUCAUCCCGGCCUCCGUCAUUCCGGAGGAGCUGAUCUCACAGGCCCAGGUUGUUCUACAAGGCAAAUCUAGAAGUGUCAUUAUUCGAGAGCUUCAGCGAACAAAUCUUGACGUAAACCUUGCUGUAAAUAAUUUACUUAGCCGGGAUGACGAAGAUGGAGACGACGGGGAUGACACAGCCAGCGAGUCAUAUUUGCCUGGAGAGGAUCUCAUGUCCCUUCUUGAUGCUGACAUUCAUUCUGCCCACCCAAGUGUCAUUAUUGAUGCGGAUGCCAUGUUCUCUGAGGACAUCAGCUAUUUUGGUUAUCCUUCUUUUCGUCGUUCAUCACUUUCCAGGCUAGGCUCUUCUCGAGUUCUCCUUCUUCCCUUAGAGAGAGACUCUGAGCUGUUGCGUGAACGUGAGUCCGUUUUACGUUUACGUGAGAGAAGGUGGCUUGAUGGAGCCUCGUUUGAUAAUGAAAGGGGCUCUACCAGCAAAGAAGGAGAGCCCAGCUUGGACAAGAAGAACACACCCGUCCAAAGCCCAGUGUCGCUAGGUGAAGAUCUGCAGUGGUGGCCUGAUAAGGACGGAACAAAAUUCAUCUGCAUUGGGGCCCUGUAUUCUGAGCUGCUGGCUGUGAGCAGCAAAGGGGAGCUUUACCAGUGGAAGUGGAGUGAAUCGGAGCCCUACAGAAACGCCCAGAAUCCUUCAUUACAUCAUCCAAGAGCAACAUUUUUGGGGUUAACCAAUGAAAAGAUAGUCCUCCUGUCUGCAAAUAGCAUAAGAGCAACUGUAGCUACAGAAAAUAACAAGGUUGCUACGUGGGUGGAUGAAACUUUAAGUUCUGUGGCUUCUAAAUUAGAGCACACUGCACAGACUUACUCUGAACUCCAAGGAGAGCGAAUAAUUUCUUUGCAUUGCUGCGCCCUUUAUACCUGUGCCCAGCUGGAGAACAGUUUGUACUGGUGGGGUGUAGUCCCUUUUAGUCAAAGAAAAAAAAUGUUAGAGAAAGCUAGAGCAAAGAAUAAAAAGCCCAAAUCCAGUGCUGGUAUUUCCUCCAUGCCGAACAUCACCGUUGGUACCCAGGUAUGCUUAAGAAAUAACCCUCUUUAUCAUGCUGGUGCAGUGGCAUUUUCGAUCAGUGCUGGCAUCCCAAAAGUGGGUGUCUUAAUGGAGUCAGUGUGGAAUAUGAAUGACAGCUGUCGAUUCCAACUCAGGUCUCCUGAGAGCCUGAAAAGCAUGGAAAAGCCUGGGAAAGCUGCUGAAGCCAAGCCUGAGAGCAAACAGGAGCCUGUGAAGACAGAGAUGGGCCCCCCUCCGUCACCGGCGUCCACCUGCAGCGACGCAUCCUCCAUCGCUAGCAGUGCAUCCGUGCCAUACAAACGACGUCGGUCAACCCCUGCCCCGAAGGAAGAGGAAAAGGUGAAUGAAGAGCAGUGGUCUCUUCGGGAAGUGGUGUUUGUAGAAGACGUUAAGAAUGUUCCCGUCGGCAAGGUGCUAAAAGUGGAUGGGGCCUAUGUCGCGGUUAAGUUCCCAGGAACGUCCAGCUGUCAGAGCAGCUCUGGCCCUGACGCGGACCCGUCUUCGCUCCUGCAGGACUGCAGGCUGUUGAGAAUCGACGAGCUGCAGGUUGUCAAAACUGGUGGAACCCCGAAAGUUCCAGACUGUUUUCAGAGGACACCUAAAAAGCUUUGUAUCCCCGAAAAAACAGAAAUAUUAGCAGUAAAUGUAGAUUCUAAAGGUGUACAUGCUGUUUUGAAGACUGGAAACUGGGUGCGCUACUGUAUCUUUGAUCUUGCGACAGGAAAAGCUGAACAGGAAAAUAAUUUUCCUACCAGCAGCAUUGCUUUCCUUGGUCAGGAUGAGAGGAACGUGGCCAUUUUCACUGCUGGGCAGGAAUCCCCUAUCAUUCUCCGAGAUGGAAAUGGUACCAUCUACCCAAUGGCCAAGGACUGCAUGGGAGGAAUAAGGGAUCCUGACUGGCUAGAUCUCCCACCCAUUAGCAGUCUUGGGAUGGGUGUGCAUUCUUUAGUAAACCUUCCUGCUAAUUCAACAAUCAAAAAGAAAGCUGCUAUUAUCAUCAUGGCUGUAGAGAAACAAACCCUGAUGCAGCACAUCCUGCGCUGUGACUACGAGGCCUGUCGCCAGUACCUCAUGAAUCUUGAGCAGGCGGUGGUUUUAGACCAGAACCUGCAGGUGCUGCAGACAUUCAUCAGCCACCGCUGCGACGGGAACCGGAAUAUUUUGCAUGCUUGCGUGUCCGUUUGCUUUCCAACCAGCAAUAAGGAAACUAAAGAAGAAGAGGAAGCAGAACGCUCUGAAAGAAAUACAUUUGCAGAAAGGCUUUCUGCUGUUGAGGCCAUUGCAAAUGCAAUAUCAGUUGUCUCAAGCAAUGGCCCAGGUAAUCGGGCUGGAUCAUCAAGUAGUCGAAGCUUGAGGUUGCGGGAGAUGAUGAGGCGCUCCUUGAGGGCCGCCGGCUUGGGGAGACACGAGGCUGGCGCUUCGUCCAGUGACCACCAGGACCCAGUCUCACCCCCAAUCGCACCCCCUAGCUGGGUUCCUGACCCCCCUGCAAUGGAUCCUGAUGGUGACAUUGAUUUUAUCCUGGCCCCCGCUGUGGGAUCUCUUACCACAGCAGCGACUGGCAGCGGCCAAGGACCGAGCACCUCCACCAUUCCAGGUCCUUCCACAGAGCCUUCGGUAGUAGAAUCCAAGGAUCGAAAGGCGAAUGCCCAUUUUAUAUUAAAAUUGUUAUGUGACAGUGUGGUUCUGCAACCCUAUCUACGAGAACUCCUUUCUGCAAAGGAUGCUAGAGGGAUGACCCCAUUUAUGUCAGCGGUAAGUGGACGAGCUUAUCCUGCUGCAAUUACCAUCCUGGAGACAGCCCAGAAAAUCGCUAAAGCUGAAGUGUCCUCGAGUGAAAAAGAGGAAGAUGUGUUCAUGGGCAUGGUUUGCCCGUCAGGUACCAACCCCGACGACUCUCCCCUGUACGUCCUGUGCUGUAAUGACACCUGCAGCUUCACCUGGACUGGAGCAGAGCACAUUAACCAGGAUAUUUUUGAGUGUCGAACUUGCGGUUUGCUGGAAUCACUGUGUUGUUGUACGGAAUGUGCAAGGGUUUGUCAUAAAGGUCAUGAUUGCAAACUCAAACGGACCUCACCAACAGCCUAUUGUGAUUGUUGGGAGAAAUGCAAAUGUAAAACUCUAAUUGCGGGACAGAAAUCUGCUCGUCUUGAUUUACUCUAUCGCCUGCUCACUGCUACUAAUCUGGUCACUCUUCCAAACAGCAGGGGCGAACACCUGCUGCUGUUUCUAGUGCAGACCGUGGCGCGGCAGACCGUGGAGCACUGCCAGUACCGCCCGCCGCGCAUCAGGGAGGACAGAAACCGCAAGACAGCCAGUCCCGAAGAUUCAGACAUGCCCGAUCAUGAUUUAGAGCCUCCAAGGUUUGCCCAGCUUGCGCUCGAGCGCGUUCUACAGGACUGGAAUGCCUUGAAAUCUAUGAUUAUGUUUGGGUCACAGGAGAAUAAGGAUCCCCUAAGCGCCAGUAGCAGGAUAGGCCAUCUCUUGCCAGAAGAACAGGUGUACCUCAACCAGCAAAGUGGCACGAUCCGGCUGGACUGCUUCACCCACUGCCUUAUCGUCAAGUGCACAGCGGAUAUUUUGCUUUUAGAUACUCUGCUAGGUACCUUAGUGAAAGAACUCCAAAACAAAUACACACCUGGACGUCGAGAAGAAGCCAUUGCUGUGACCAUGAGGUUUCUACGCUCAGUGGCAAGAGUUUUUGUGAUUCUUAGUGUGGAAAUGGCUUCAUCCAAAAAGAAAAACAACUUUAUUCCACAGCCAAUUGGAAAAUGCAAGCGUGUGUUCCAAGCGCUGCUGCCUUAUGCCGUAGAGGAGUUGUGCAAUGUAGCAGAGUCUCUCAUCGUUCCGGUCAGAAUGGGGAUCGCCCGGCCCACGGCACCCUUCACCCUGGCCAGCACCAGCAUAGACGCCAUGCAGGGGAGCGAAGAGCUGUUCUCAGUGGAGCCACUGCCACCACGCCCGUCACCUGACCAGUCCAGCAGCUCCAACCAGUCCCAGUCGUCCUACAUCAUCCGGAAUCCACAGCAGCGGCGCAUCAGCCAGUCGCAGCCCGUCAGGGGCAGGGACGAAGAGCAGGAUGAUAUCGUUUCUGCGGAUGUGGAAGAGGUUGAAGUGGUGGAGGGCGUGGCUGGAGAAGAGGAUCAUCAUGAGGAGCAGGAGGAGCACGGGGAAGAAAAUGCCGAGGCAGAGGGACAGCACGACGAGCACGACGAGGACGGCAGUGACAUGGAGCUUGAUUUGUUAGCAGCGGCAGAAACGGAGAGUGACAGUGAAAGCAACCACAGCAACCAAGACAAUGCGAGUGGGCGCAGAAGCGUGGUCACGGCGGCCACUGCAGGCUCGGAGGCAGGAGCGAGCAGUGUUCCUGCCUUUUUUUCCGAAGAUGACUCUCAAUCAAAUGACUCGAGUGAUUCGGACAGCAGCAGCAGCCAGAGUGACGACAUAGAGCAGGAGACCUUCAUGCUGGACGAGCCGCUGGAAAGGACCACAAGCAGCUCCCACGCCAAUGGGGCCGCGCAGGCCCCCCGCUCCAUGCAAUGGGCUGUGCGCAACACGCAGCACCAGCGUGCAGCCAGCGCGGCUCCAUCCAGCACCUCCACACCCGCAGCGAGUUCAGCAGGGUUGAUCUAUAUUGACCCCUCUAACUUGCGCCGCAGCGGGACUAUCAGCACAAGUGCUGCUGCAGCGGCAGCUGCUUUGGAAGCCAGCAAUGCCAGCAGCUACCUGACAUCCGCGAGCAGCUUAGCCAGGGCCUACAGCAUUGUCAUCCGACAGAUCUCAGACCUCAUGGGCCUUAUCCCCAAGUACAACCAUCUGGUGUACUCUCAGAUUCCAGCCGCUGUGAAGCUGACCUACCAGGAUGCAGUGAACCUGCAGAACUAUGUAGAAGAAAAGCUUAUUCCCACUUGGAACUGGAUGGUCAGUAUUAUGGAUUCUACUGAAGCUCAAUUACGUUAUGGUUCUGCAUUAGCAUCUGCUGGUGAUCCAGGACAUCCAAAUCACCCUCUUCACGCUUCUCAGAACUCAGCGCGAAGAGAGAGGAUGACUGCACGGGAGGAAGCUAGUUUGCGAACCCUUGAAGGCAGACGACGUGCCACAUUGCUAAGUGCCCGGCAGGGAAUGAUGUCUGCUCGGGGAGAUUUCCUAAAUUAUGCUCUUUCUUUAAUGCGGUCUCAUAAUGAUGAGCAUUCUGACGUCCUUCCAGUUCUGGAUGUCUGCUCACUGAAGCAUGUGGCCUAUGUUUUCCAAGCCCUUAUAUACUGGAUUAAAGCAAUGAACCAGCAGACAACUCUGGACACUCCUCAGCUGGAACGUAAGAGGACUCGAGAACUUUUGGAACUGGGUAUUGAUAAUGAAGAUUCAGAACACGAAAAUGAUGAUGACACCAAUCAAAGUGCUGCUUUGAAUGAUAAGGACGAUGACUCUCUUCCCGCAGAAACUGGACAAAACCACCCAUUUUUCCGACGUUCGGACUCCAUGACGUUUCUGGGGUGCAUCCCCCCAAACCCCUUCGAAGUGCCUCUGGCCGAAGCCAUCCCCUUGGCUGAUCAGCCCCAUCUGUUGCAGCCAAACGCUCGAAAGGAGGAUCUCUUUGGGCGCCCAAGUCAGGGUCUUUAUUCCUCAUCUGCCAGUACCGGGAAGUGCUUGAUGGAGGUCACAAUGGACAGAAACUGCCUCGAGGUUCUUCCAACUAAAAUGUCUUAUGCUGCCAAUCUGAAAAAUGUAAUGAACAUGCAAAAUCGGCAAAAAAAAGAAGGAGAAGAACAGCAUGUGCUGGCAGAAGCAGCUGAGAGCUCCAAACCAGGGCCUUCUGCUCGUGACCUUGCUGCUCAGCUGAAGAGCAGUUUGCUGGCAGAGAUAGGCCUCACCGAAAGCGAGGGGCCCCCGCUCACAUCCUUCAGGCCACAGUGUAGCUUCAUGGGCAUGGUCAUCUCCCAUGACAUGCUGCUGGGACGCUGGCGCCUGUCUUUAGAACUGUUUGGCAGAGUGUUCAUGGAAGAUGUUGGAGCAGAACCUGGAUCAAUCCUAACCGAAUUGGGUGGUUUUGAGGUAAAAGAAUCAAAAUUCCGUAGAGAAAUGGAAAAACUGAGAAACCAGCAGUCAAGAGAUUUAUCACUAGAGGUAAAGGUUGACCGGGACCGAGACCUGCUCAUUCAGCAGACCAUGAGGCAGCUUAACAACCAUUUCGGCAGGAGAUGCGCGACAACGCCAAUGGCUGUGCACAGAGUGAAAGUCACGUUUAAGGACGAGCCAGGAGAGGGCAGUGGUGUAGCGCGAAGUUUUUAUACAGCCAUUGCACAAGCAUUUUUGUCAAACGAAAAAUUGCCAAAUCUAGAUUGUAUCCAAAAUGCCAACAAAGGCACCCACACGAGUUUAAUGCAGAGAUUAAGGAACAGAGGAGAGCGAGAUCGGGAAAGGGAGAGAGAAAGGGAGAUGAGAAGGAGCAGUGGCUUGCGAACAGGUUCUCGGAGAGACCGAGAUAGAGACUUUAGAAGGCAGCUUUCCAUCGACACCAGACCCUUCAGACCUGCCUCCGAGGGGAACCCUAGUGACGACCCCGACCCUCUGCCAGCACAUCGGCAGGCACUUGGAGAGAGGCUGUAUCCCCGCGUGCAAGCCAUGCAGCCAGCAUUUGCAAGUAAAAUCACUGGCAUGCUGUUGGAAUUGUCUCCCGCUCAGCUGCUGCUUCUGCUCGCAAGUGAAGAUUCUCUGAGAGCAAGAGUGGACGAGGCCAUGGAGCUCAUCAUUGCACACGGACGGGAAAAUGGAGCAGAUAGUAUCUUGGAUCUUGGAUUAUUAGACUCCUCAGAAAAGGUACAGGAGAACCGAAAGCGUCACGGCUCUAGUCGAAGCGUAGUAGAUAUGGACUUAGAUGACACAGAUGAUGGUGAUGAUAAUGCCCCUUUAUUUUACCAACCUGGAAAAAGAGGAUUUUAUACUCCAAGACCUGGAAAAAACACAGAAGCAAGGUUGAAUUGUUUCAGAAACAUUGGCAGGAUUCUUGGACUGUGUCUGUUGCAGAAUGAACUGUGUCCUAUCACAUUGAAUAGACAUGUCAUUAAAGUGUUGCUUGGUAGAAAAGUCAAUUGGCAUGAUUUUGCUUUUUUCGACCCUGUAAUGUAUGAGAGCUUGCGGCAGCUCAUCCUUGCUUCCCAGAGUUCAGAUGCGGAUGCUGUUUUUGCGGCGAUGGAUCUGGCAUUUGCAAUUGACCUGUGCAAAGAAGAGGGAGGAGGACAGGUUGAGCUCAUUCCUAAUGGUGUUAAUAUCCCGGUCACACCCCAGAAUGUGUAUGAAUACGUGCGGAAAUAUGCAGAGCACAGAAUGCUGGUGGUUGCGGAACAGCCGUUGCAUGCAAUGAGGAAAGGUCUACUAGAUGUACUUCCAAAAAAUUCAUUAGAAGAUUUAACAGCAGAAGAUUUUAGGCUUUUGGUAAAUGGUUGUGGUGAAGUUAACGUGCAAAUGCUGAUCAGCUUCACAUCUUUCAAUGAUGAAUCAGGAGAAAAUGCAGAAAAGCUCUUGCAGUUCAAGCGCUGGUUUUGGUCAAUUGUAGAGAAGAUGAGCAUGACAGAACGACAAGAUCUGGUUUACUUUUGGACAUCAAGCCCGUCAUUGCCGGCAAGUGAAGAAGGCUUCCAGCCCAUGCCAUCAAUCACAAUAAGACCUCCAGAUGACCAACAUCUUCCUACUGCAAACACUUGCAUUUCUCGACUUUACGUCCCACUCUAUUCCUCUAAACAGAUUCUCAAACAGAAAUUGCUACUUGCCAUUAAGACCAAGAAUUUUGGUUUUGUGUAGAGUAUAAAGUGUGUAAUGCUGUGUAAUAUUACUAGCUAAUUUUGUAGAUUUUUUUCCCAUUUGUCUAUAAAAAUUUACAGAAGUUAAAUGCUGUCAUACCCCCUGGUGAUACCUUAAAGAGAUUAAAUGCAAACAUUCCUUGCUGAGUUCAUAGCUUACAGGCCUGAGGAGCACUAGCAACAUUUGGUUAAAACUGUUUGCUAGGCACCAACUUCUGGGUCUAACCCCAGCCAAAGAGGACAGCAGAACAACAUGAUUUACACUGUGAUUUAUCUUUUUGCUGAGGGGAAAAAAUGUAAAAUGUUCUGAAAAUUCACUGCUGCCUUUGUGGAAAGUGUUUCAGCAGAGGUUCUUGUAUAGAGGGUUAGGGAAUUUCAAAAUAAAAAAUUACGUAUGUUCUGUGUUUUCAUUUUAACUUCUUUAUGUGUUUAAUUUGUGGUUGGCUGCAGUUGUAUAUCAUGUAUAUGGGACUUGUCAAAAGUUCUUGGCACUCAGAUCUCAGAGCUGAGGUCACUUUUACCUACACAGACCACUUCUGUUGCGUUUAUUUCAGCUGCAUCGAGCUCUAGGAUACUAAGUGAUGUCACCCGUGUUCUGCGUGUAACGUGUUCACUUGGGCGAGGGUGCUCCUUUGUGCAUACGACGGGGCCGGUACAGUGCUUUCCCCACCUCCUCCUCGCUGUGUCCCUGGGUCAGUGCAGUCAGCAGGUGGCUGCCGUUCUCAGCCCCAACAGACAUUUGUACCGAGGGAGCCUUCAGUUAUGUAAACAGCCUGGGCACUUUCUGAUAACUGUAAAAUGUUUUAUAAGAUCAUAAUUAUUGAAAAUACAUUUUGGAAAAAUUUAAAUGUUCAUGAGCAGCUUAACUACUUUUGUAUCUAACCUUUUUUAAGUAUCUUGUUACAUUUACUU